AUGGUCCGGCUGGGUGAAGGAUCGGUUGUUGCCUCAUUAAAAAUAUUUAACACGCCUUUAACCAUCGACGGCUUCGAUUCGUAUAUUAGUCGAAAAAGAGACUUUAUCCAAAACUCGGAGAACUCAACGCCCCAUCCCCACAUCGAUGAAACGUUACCAGAUGUUGGCAGCUUUCAUGAGCACCCUUAUGACGAUACAACUGUGGCCGAUCAGCUGAAGAAGGAAGUUCGUAUUCUCUGCUGGGUUAUGACCAAUCCGAACAACCACAAGAAGAAGGCGCGCCACGUUAAAAAAACUUGGGGCAAACGCUGCAACAUUCUCCUAUUCAUGAGCUCUGGCGAAGAUGAUGAACUACCCACAGUCAAGUUGGACGUGGGAGAAGGUCGCGAAAAUCUAUGGCGUAAAGUGAAAGAAGCUUUCAAGUAUGUGUAUGCGCAUCACUACAACGAUGCGGAUUGGUUCUACAAGGCAGACGAUGAUACCUAUGCUGUGAUCGAGAAUCUUCGCUAUAUGCUAUAUCCCUACAAUCCAGAGACGCCCGUGCACUUUGGUUUCAAGUUCAAGCCCUUCGUAAAGCAAGGUUAUAUGUCGGGGGGAUCCGGAUAUGUGCUUAGUAAGGAGGCACUUCGACGAUUUGUGGUCGAAGGUAUUCCUGAUCCCAAGAUGUGUCUUCCUGGCACCGUUGUCAAUGAAGACAUUGAAAUUGGCAAGUGCAUGGAGAAUCUUAACGUAACUGCCGGGGAUUCUAGAGAUUGGAAUGGACGUGGACGCAUGUUCCCCUUCAUUCCGGAGCACCACUUACUACCCGGAAAGGAUAAGACUUUCUGGUAUUGGAGCUAUAUGUUCUAUAAAACGGACGAUGGACUCGACUGUUGUUCGGACAAUGCGGUAUCCUUUCAUUAUGUCGAUCCAGCUCAGAUGUAUGUCAUGGACUAUCUAAUCUAUCAUUUAAAGCCUUACGGCGUAGUGAGAAGUCAUAGUCGUUUACCCGACAAACUGCAAGUGGGUGAGUUCCUUCCGUCCCCAGAGAUGGUGACUGAUGCUAGCAAUGAGGAUUCCAUGGACGAUGAGGAUGAUGUGAUUGGCAACACAACCUCAACAACGACAACAACAACAGCAAGUUCAAUUGCUGCAGCUACUGAAGAGAAAAACGAUGCUGGGGAAGUGGUGUGACGAAGCAAAUCUAAUCAUAUAACCACAAAGUCAAACGAGGGACAAGUUCAAUUGCAAUUUGUGUGGGGGGUAGACUAUGGAUUGCACCCGUAUUUGUUACUGAGCCCGCAAUUGAUAGAUGCGCGUCUCUGUGUUAAUGGGCCAGCAAUUGAAAUUGCAAUUGUAAUUGCAAAUUAAUUAAUUUUAGGCAUGAAAUAGUCGGGCCCCAACUUAAAUAGUUGCACACUUGCAGUUUGCUCUGCUUCCAAAUGCGUGUCACCGCAAUUAUUUUGCCGGAACCGUUUUCGCUUUUUCAAAGCAUAGCAAUUAAAAAUAAAUUACAUAAAUUGCUUAUCACCGAAUCACUUUGCAUUUCAAUGCGAAUUCAUAUGCCUACUGUAAUUCAACUAGUUCAGCGAUACAAACUCAUGGAAAUCAAGUAGCGAAAUGUUCCUCACAUGCAAACUAAGUCAAAAAUUGUAGUAUACUCGUAUAUAUAGCAGAACAAUUUGUGUCGAGCUAAAAUUAAGUUUAAUAUCUGCAGUUUCCCUAUAUACGAGUAUAAUAGGCAAAAAUUGCAAUGCUUUGUUGUCUCAAUGAACUCAUUUUCAACAUGUUUCUAAUUCAUAGUUUUUUCAAUAGAC